UAUUAAAAUCAACGUCGAAGCUAACGUGGAUGAGAAAACCUGGAAAUAUAUAUAUUUUUAAUUGUGAUUAGCAACAAAUGGACUUUAUAAUUGGAUUGUUUUGCUUUUUUAUCUGUUAGAUUUGUCAGAAACAGUUAAGUGUUUCUGUUCAAAAAACCCAUUCUGAUCUUUUUCUUAUCAAUUUUUUUCGUUGUUUUUUUUUUGCAUUUUUACAACAAGAAAGCAACUUGACAUAAUCUGUAAGUAAUGUAAACAGUGAAAAACUGUCCAUAGAAUAUAUUUUUUCCAUCAGUCCAUUUGCAAAAAUUGUUUGCAUGAUGACUCACUGCAUGUCCAAACUUCAGAUUUAUAGGAAAUUACAUUAAAUGUCACAGUGCAAAUGUCCUCGUCAUGUGUUUAGAUCAUGAGGAAGCUAUCAAUGGCUUGAUUUAAAAAAAAUAACCAUUAAAAAAAAUAAUUGUCUGCCUAUUGAAAAACAAAAGUUGCAAACCAAAAUAUUGUUAUUGUUUAGGACACAUUUUAAAAGUUGUGACUAAAAUUUGGAUGUUGACAUCUUGACGUUUCUUUGUUUCUUUGGUGUUCUUGGCUGUUUUGUUCAGCUGCAUGCUGGACCAAUGCCUCCAUCUAGUGGUUAUACUGGACAAGUCAAGUGUCAGCUUGCAUUCUGGUCUAUUAAUACCUAGUGCUGAAGUUGUGUUUGAGCAACAAUCUUGUGACUGAGCUCACAGAGAGAGAGGUCGUUGCAUUGGGUGGUUUAACUUUGAGUUGAGAAGCAGAUUAUUACAGUUAUAUAAGUUUUUGCUUGUCCUCUACCUGGGCGCCUGUGGCUUACAGCAGCUCCAGGUGUUAUGUCAGGGAACACGUUUCCGUUCACGUCCACGUCACUGCGCUCUCUGAGGCUGGAGCAGGAGUUGCAGGAGUGGGAGGAUGCUCGACGGGCGCUGGCUCACAGGAGAGCCCUGACCCGGGCCCCACUGCCCCCAGCCCCGAGGCCUCCUCCCAGGCCGCAGCAGCGGCGGCUCCAGGAGGUCAGGGCCCCUCCACCCCAGCUCCGGUGCAGGGACACGGCCGUCCACAACACCUUCAUGUGCGGAGACAUGAAGGGAGUGUACGCGGUGCUGAAGGACUCAGCAAUGGUCAACGCUCUGAUGGAGACGGUGCAUGAGGAGAUGGUGUGGGCUCCAGAGAUGGGCAUGUGGACACUGAGCUCCAGGGUGAAACAGACGUCAGCGUUACGCCUGGCCGCCAGCAGAGGACACGCAGGGUGUGUGGAGGAGCUGCUGUUUCGUGGAGCCGAGGUGAACGACGACCCCGGAGGCAACACGGCCCUCCACGACGCCUGCAUGGGCGGCCACGCAGUCUGCGUUAGGCUGCUGCUUUCUCACGGAGCAGACCCUGAACUGCUGACCGCAGACGGCAGUGCUCCCCUUCACCUCUGCAGCUCGGCCCAGUCGUUCCUCUGUGCCGAGAUGCUGUUAGAGGGAGGUGCAGAAGUCGACGUGAGGAUGAGCGAGUCGAGGCUCACGCCUCUGCACGUGGCGGCUCGGCGAGGCCUCGAGGAGCACGUGGAGCUCUUCCUGAGCCACAGCGCAGACGUGCUGGCCACAAAUCGAGAGGGGGAGACUCCUCUGAACGCCGCCUGCUCCGGAGCCGAGAGGCCGUCGGAGUCCGGCCGCUACCUCAGGGUGAUUCAGAUGCUGCUGGGUGCAGGCGCCGACCCCAGAACAGCGGGCAGGAAGCAGCACACGCCUCUGCACAACGCUUGCGCAAACUGCUCCUCCAGGAUCGUGGACGUCCUCUUGCAGCACGGAGCAAAGGCUGACGUCGCAAACAGUGCUGGAUACACACCGAUGGACUGUCUGUUGCAGGUGGUGGAGGAUUACCUGGACCAGCAACCAGAAGCCAUAGCACGAUCACUUCUGAACCACGGAGCCAAGUGUGUUCCACCAAAGAUGCUGAAGCAGUGCGUCCUCUCUCCUGCCACUCUGGAGGUGAUGCUGAACUCGUACACAUCCGUCCCUCCCUGUGACUGGAUCGACUCUCUGUCCGCUGAUAUAUCUGAGGAACAUCGGCCUUUCUUCGAGCUGGUGCUUCGGCGGAGUGGUCAGCCUCGCUCUCUGCAGCACAUCUGUCGAUGUGCGUUACGCCGGCACCUCGGGGCCCAGUGUUACUCAGCAGUCGGUCAACUGGACAUUCCCAGCUCUGUGAGGGAUUAUGUGCUGCUGCGUGACGACGGGACGCUCCAGUGACUCCAUGUUGUCUGAGAUGACAGGGGGCUGCAUUUUCAUAAACACUGUCUGAAAUGUACUGAUUCCAAAAUGUAAUUGUAUAAUUGAAAAAAAAAAAUCUUUAUUUUAGUGUGGACUUUCUUGAAGGAAAUACAAGCAACUACGAAUGGAUUAUUGUUGUUUUACAUUUUCCUUCAUAUGAGUUUUAUAUGAUGCUAUACAGCUAUAUGUAUGUGUGUAUAUGCAUGUAUGUAUAAAUUAUUUACUUUUACUCAA